CAUCCCUGUUUCCGAAUUUCCAAGUCUUUUUGAAAACCUAAGCGAAAGGUUCUUAGUUUCGGAUUUUUAUUGCAAUCUUCGUGGUGACAAAAGACUCUCGGAAAAGACACAUUUAUUGUUAUUUUUGUGAUUUACUGGCCACGCUGGAUGUUGUUACUGAGAUUUAGCCGACCGCUUCAAUCUUUCUCUUUCAACGAUUUGUGUCGUGAUUAACAGAGUAACGAUGUUCUUAAGCUCCCUAAGUCCACAAUUUAUUGUAUGGCCAACCCAAGAGCAGAUGGAGGAAUCAAGUAGAUUCUUUGACAGGAAAUGUUUAUUUUCCAAGGCAAUAGGUGAAAUAUUCAAUUGUCAAUGAACUUGUAUAUAAAUUAUAUUAAUUCAACUAUUUAGGUUGCAUUGAUGGUACGCACAUAAGGAUAGACCCGCCAAGUAAAGGAAAGGACGAUUAUAUUGACCGCAAAGGAAUGACGUCAAUAUGUCUGCAAGCGUUUGCAACGAAAAUAAAAAAAUUCUGAACAUUUUCGUUGGCUAUCCAGGUUCUUGCCACGAUAGUUGGGUAUUUAAGAACUCAACGCUUUACAACAGAUUGCCCUCUUAUUGUAAAGAUUAUUACCUGUUAGGUGAUUCCGCAUAUCCCUGCAACAAAUACCUAAUCACGCCUUACAAAGAUAAUGGCCAUCUAACAAACGCUAAUAAAUUGUUUAAUAUUAAAUUAAGUUCUGGACGCAUAGCUAUAGAACAUAGCUUCGGAAUCCUUAAACAACGUUUCAGGCAGUUAUAUCACUGUAAGCUACGAGGCAUGAAAAAGAUCUGCCAUUUUGUAAGGGAUUGCUGUGUUUUACAUAACAUUGCCGACGAGGAAGAUUUAGAAUUUACGGCAAAGGCAACUCCGGAGUUCAAUGAGGAAAUCACCGUGCAUGGCGAAGUUGCAAGGGGAAACUCGGUGAGAGAUCCGAUUUGUCGCGAUAUACAGCUCCGCCGAAAUCAAAAUGUUUAACAUAUACAUACAACAUGUUUAACAUAUACAAGUGGUCAAAGUUCAGGUCUUCGAAAAAUUAAAUUCCCAAUAUUUUGAACAAUUGUGAACUGCUUUUUAAAUUGGUAUCGUUUUAAAGGCGGUUAAACCCCUUUCUUUUAAUAUGCAUAUUUGUAUACUUUGUAUAUUAACAUUU